CCGGAAAAGAAGGCGUCGCUGGGGGGGUGACCCCCAAGGCAGCCCCUUCACACCCGGAGAGGAAGCCCUCUCCGGAGCCGGCAGGUCUGGAGGUGCCCUCGGCGCUGGGGCCAUGCCACCUGGUGCCCGCUGAGCCCCGGCACCAUGGCCCACUCCCUGGCCUGGCGCUGCUGCCCCUGGUGUCUGACGGAGGACGAGAAGGCGGCGGCCCGCAUCGACCAGGAGAUCAACAGGAUCCUCAUGGAGCAGAAGAAGCGAGAUCGCGGGGAGCUGAAGCUGCUGCUGCUGGGCCCCGGCGAGAGCGGCAAGAGCACGUUCAUCAAGCAGAUGCGGAUCAUCCAUGGCGCCGGCUACUCGGAGGACGACCGCAAGGGCUUCCGGCCCCUGGUCUACCAGAACAUCUUCGUCUCCAUGCGGACCAUGAUCGAGGCCAUGGACCGGCUGCAGAUCCCCUUCAGCAGGCCUGAGAGCAAGCACCACGCCAGUCUGGUCAUGAGCCAGGACCCCUACAAAGUGGCCACUUUCGAGAAGCCCUACGCCGUGGCCAUGCAGUGGCUGUGGCGGGACGCCGGUGUCCGGGCCUGCUACGAACGCCGGCGGGAGUUCCACCUGCUUGACUCGGCCGUGUACUACCUGUCCCACCUGGAACGCAUCACCGCGGAGAACUACAUCCCCUCAGCCCAGGAUGUGCUCCGCAGCCGCAUGCCCACCACCGGCAUCAACGAGUACUGCUUCUCUGUGCAGAAAACCAACCUGCGGAUCGUGGACGUGGGGGGCCAGAAGUCAGAGCGCAAGAAGUGGAUUCACUGCUUCGAGAAUGUGAUCGCCCUCAUCUACCUGGCCUCCCUGAGCGAGUAUGACCAGUGCCUGGAAGAGAACAACCAAGAGAACCGAAUGAAGGAAAGCCUGGCCCUGUUCGGGACCAUUCUGGAGCUUCCCUGGUUCAGAAGCACGUCGGUCAUCCUCUUCCUGAACAAAACUGACAUCCUGGAGGAGAAGAUUCCCACCUCCCACUUGGCGACCUACUUCCCCAGUUUCCAGGGCCCCAAGCAGGACGCGGAGGCCGCCAAGAGCUUCAUCCUGGACAUGUACACGGGCAUGUACGCCAGCUGCGCUGACAGCCCCGACGGGGGCAGGAAGGGCGCGCGCUCGCGGCGCCUCUUCAGCCACUACACGUGCGCCACGGACACGCAGAACAUCCGCAAGGUCUUCAAGGACGUUCGGGACUCGGUGCUGGCCCGCUACCUGGACGAGAUCAACUUGCUGUGACCCCGCCGCCCCUGGCUCAGCGCCUCACCGACUGCGGGCUGGUGGGCGCGGGGUGGCGCUCGCGGGCGCCCUGCUCCCUGGCGCUGCAGGCCCGUCCCAGACGCGGAGGGGCCGCCCCCCCAAAGUGUCCGCCCCCCUUGGGGCUGCAGUCCUCCUCCCGCGCCUCCCCUCGCCCUUCCGACUCCCGGCCUUCCCAGAGAAGUAGCGCAGGGUGAGGGGAAAGGCGAAGAAAGCGGGGCUUGGUGGGUCAGCCCCACCUCCAGGUAUGUCCCCUACUGGGUGGGAUCAGGGAACCCGGAGGGCGAGGCCGGGGCGGCGACCCGUCGGGGGACCUGGGCUCUGACGCCCCCUGGCGGACAGCAGAGGGCCUCGCCAGCCUGACGUCUGCGGGGACUUCUCUUCUCCGGGAGGGGCCAGGAGACCCCUGAAAAACACUGUCCUUAUCAGACCCUCGCGGCUCGGAGUGCGCGCUGGGCUCCAGGCGGGCUAAACCGAGGCCGCCGGCAUAACUCCCGCCCCGCGGCGGGGCGCUGGGGGCCCUGUACCUACACUCGUCUGUAUUUAUUCCCUUACCUAACGCGGGGCCCCUUGUGGGUAGACAUUAAAGAAGCCACAUUCUGUAGACCUAUGUUUAUCCUCUCAAGGCCCCUCUCAGGUCACCCGCCCCUGCCGGAAGUAGCAGCUUGGGGGGCAUAGUGGGAAAACCAGUUGCACGUGCUCGCCCCUUAGAUGGGCAAGACAAGGUGCCCCAGUGGGUUUGGGCCCCUUGGAGCCAGGAGGUGGUUCUGAUCUCUCCCCAGGCCCUGGGGGGGUCGAGGGAGGGCGCCCCGCCCUCUGUGGCUCCUCAGAGAAAGGCAACAGCAGGCACCUCCCACUUCUGGUGGAGAUGAAGAAGUUGGGUUGCUCCACUGACUCCAGACUGUGGUCCCCCUGCAUCCUCAGGGGAGCCCCAAGUCCUGCAGCCCCCCUUUCCAGAGGAGGAUACCCCUGGCAGAGAAACUGAGUUAUUUGAGUAAGGCCACAUGCUAGAGGUGGCAGAGCUAAGAUUCUAUUCAUUCAUU